ACUCCAUUGGCCCAGCGCCUCCUCCUUUCCCAUCUCUAGCCGUUCCCCGCACUCCGCACCCCGCAUAGGUACAUUCGUUUUGCUUCAGCAGACGCUCCAUACGCAGUAAAGCAAGAUUCAGCGAUGCGUAAUCUCGUGCUUCCUAAUCGCUUGAUCCAUGUAGUUGUCUUCUGCAGAUUCGUCUUUCCGCUCUUCUCGGACCUCUUGUGGCUUUCCCUCGGCCUGAUGCCCGGCAGCGUGUCCUUCGCGUAGUUCAAGAGCAAGCGACACACCACCCGUACAUUAAGAGAAGCUGCUAAGCUUUUUGUCACAAGAUGGCGGCCUCCGCUGAGCAACAGUCGGUCUUGUCGCUCCUCACUUCUCCAACAGUCUUGCCCUUCUUCAUCCUUGCUAUUGUGUAUACCCUAGUUAAGAUCGUUGACCAGACAGACGUCCCAAAAAUCAAAGGUCUGCCAGAGAUUCCUGGCGUCCCAUUGUUAGGCAACCUAUACCAGCUCGGCCAGCAUCACGCCAAAGUCGCGCAGGAAUGGAGCAAGAAGUACGGUCCAGUCUUCCAAGUCCGGCUCGGUAAUCGCAGGAUCAUCUUUGCGAAUUCUUUCGACAGCGUCCGGACGCUGUGGAUCACCAACCAAUCCGCCCUUAUCUCACGGCCAAUGUUGCAUACCUUCCACACCGUCGUAAGCUCCUCCGAGGGCUUCACUAUUGGUACCAGUCCUUGGGAUGAAAGCUGCAAAGCCCGACGCAAGGCUGCGGCUACUGCACUGAACCGGCCAGCAGUGCAGAGCUACAUGCCGAUCAUUGACUAUGAGUCGACCAAAUCCAUCAAGGAGAUGAUGCUGGAUUCCAAGCAUGGCGAGGUUGAUCUUGAUCCGAAUGCGUAUUUCACUCGUUACGCUCUUUCGACGUCUCUGACCCUGAACUAUGGCAUCAAGAUCGAAGGCAAUGUCGAGGACGAAAUGCUCAAGGAGAUUACGCAUGUGGAACGCAUGGUCUCCAAUUUUCGGUCGACGAGCAACAACUGGGCAGACUACGUGCCGUUACUGAGGCUGAUCCCUGGUGGUUCCGCCAAGCCGCAGGAGUACCGGAAGCGGAGAGCUGCGUACAUGCACAAGCUUUUGAACAUGCUGAAGCAGCGUAUCGCUGAUGGAACCGAUCUACCAUGCAUUAGUGGGAAUGUGUUGAAGGAUCCAGAGGCGAAGUUAAGUGAUGGCGAAGUGAUGUCGAUCGGUCUGACCAUGGUGUCCGCUGGACUGGACACUGUCCCUGGCAACCUGAUCAUGUGCAUCGCGUAUCUGUCCAGUCGCAACGGCCAAGACAUUCAGAGGCGUGCUCUAGAGGAGAUUAACAGCGUGUACCCGAACGACGACGCCUGGGAGCGGUGCCUGCACGAGGAGAAGGUGCCGUACAUCACAGCUCUCGUCAAGGAGACGCUUCGCUUCUGGAGCGUCAUCCCCAUUUGCUUGCCUCGGACCAGUAUCAAGGACAUCAAAUGGGGUGAUGCGGUAAUCCCAGCUGGCACCUCUUUCUACAUGAACGCAUAUGCUGCACAUUAUGACGACUCGCACUUCAAGUCCCCGUACGACUUCAACCCAGACCGCUACAUCCAGGAUGACUCGAUCGACGAUGCUGCGGCGUCAAGAGGUACGCCUCAUUAUGGUUACGGCGCCGGGAGCAGAAUGUGCAUUGGCUCUCAUUUGGCGAACCGGGAGCUGUAUACCGCCUUUUUAAGGCUGAUCACAGCAUUUGAGAUCUUACCGCCGAAGGAGAAGAGCGAUGAGGCAAUCAUGGACGCCCUGAAGUGUAACCAGUAUCCGACCAGCUUGACUUUGGACCCGAAGCCGUUCAAGGUCGGCUUGAGGAUCCGGGACAAGGCCAAACUUGACAAGUGGAUCGCGGAGAGUGAGGAUAGGACGAAGGAUUUAUGAUGUCUGCCUGACUGGCGGGCUACCGUGCAGGAGUGCUUGUGGGCGCAAGGUGUCAGCGCGCGGCAGCAUUGAUCUCGCAGCGGCUUGAUAUUGUACAGUGAAGGAUUGUCACAAGAGAACCAG